AUGCCCGCCGCCCGCCACUUCCUCUCCCUGCUGCUCCUGCCCACCUGCGUGGCUCUGUGGCUGCCACCGCCGCGGGGGGCCCGGGGGGCCCCGCUGGAGCCAGUGUACCCUGGGGACAAGGCCACGCCAGAGCAGAUGGCCCAGUAUGCGGCUGAGCUCCGCAGAUACAUCAACAUGCUGACCAGGCCCAGGUACGGGAAGAGAGACAGAGAAGAAACGCUGGACAUCCUGGGGUGGGGCUCCCCCCGCACUGCUGCCCCCAGGGAGCUCAGCCCGAUGGACUUGUAACGCCCGCCACCUCCUGCCUCCUCGGACUCCAAGGGCAAUGCCGGCCCACCUCCCCCCUCUGCACCCUUGGCAAUGGCCGAAGCUUGCUCCCUGCUCCCG